AUGCUGAAGAUAGUUCCGAUGAGAUCCGCGCUGAAGCAGGGGCAUACGAUAUUAAAAGGACGUAUUGCAAUGGUCAGUGGUAUUUCUACACCAAUGCAUUUGCGUAAUAGAACUGCUGUUUUGUUUAACAGAAGAUUUUCAAGGCAUUUUGCUCGUAAUGAACUAAGGAAAUCGAGUCCCUCAGAUAUCGUUAAAAAGGCUAAGAAUGCAGUCUCUACCAAAUCCGAUAAAAGAUUAUCCAUGAAGUGGGCCCUGUUAACAGGUGUCACAUUAGUAAUCGGUACUAUGAUUAUCGCCUCGAGAAACGACCGUUAUGGUAAAUUGGAUGUUGACGACGACGAUGAAAAUGAAGAGAACCAGUUGAAACAUAAAUACGGCUCUCGUGGGCAUUUUGCAACUUAUAAAGGCAUUAAGAUAUUUAAUAAUAAUUGGAUGUUUUUCUGUUAUUCGACAUUACCGUUGAAUGCAAUGUCGAGACUUUGGGGUCAAGUAAACUCUUUGACUCUUCCUAUGUGGUUGAGACCAAUUGGUUUCAAUUUCUACACUUCAUUAUUUGGUGUUAAACUUGAUGAAAUGGAAGACCCAGAUUUAUAUCACUACGCAAACUUAUCUGAGUUCUUCUAUAGAACAAUAAGACCAGAGACUAGACCUAUUGCUGAAGGAGACAAUAUUCUUGCCUCACCAAGUGAUGGUCAAGUCUUACAACUAGGUAUCAUCAAUUCAGAUACCGGUGAGAUUGAGCAAGUGAAAGGGCUAACUUAUUCUAUUAAAGAAUUUUUAGGUACUCACAACCACCCGAUGAUGAGUAAAAGUGAAUCAAAUCUAAAUUUAAAACAAGGCUCACAAGAUGAUAAAUUGGCAAGACUCCUAAAAUUGAAUGAAUCCAUGGAUAAUAUACAUGAGAACACAUCAAUAACUACAGAAACCAAGAUUCCUCAGGAUGGUCAUGUUAUAAAGUUUAAGGAUGAAGGUGAUACAGCUGUUGUUAAGGGUAAUGAUAUAUCCGCUACAAAGAAGGUAAAAUUGUUGAAUGAGCUCGCUUUGAAUAUUCCACGUUAUAGAUUGUUCAAGACAGAUCCAUCACAAAAUAUUCAAUUAUAUUUUGCAGUGAUUUACUUAUCUCCGGGUGAUUAUCAUCAUUAUCAUUCUCCGGUUGAUUGGGUAUGUAAACAAAGACGUCAUUUCCCUGGUGAUCUAUAUUCGGUAGCACCAUACUUCCAAAAGAAUAUGCCUAAUCUGUUUGUACUAAAUGAGCGUGUGGCAUUAUUAGGCUAUUGGAAAUAUGGGUUUUUCAGUAUGACCCCUGUUGGUGCCACCAACGUUGGUUCUAUUAAAUUGAACUUUGACGAGAAGCUGGUUACAAACGUAAAGAGAAGAUCACACAUUGAACCACACACCUGUUAUGAAGCUACCUAUAAGAAUGCUAGUUCAAUUCUAGGUGGUAUGCCUUUAGAGAAAGGUGAAGAAAUGGGUGGUUUCAAAUUGGGGAGUACAGUGGUUCUUUGUUUUGAGGCACCCUCGGACUUUGAGUUCAACGUGAAGGUAGGCGAUAAGGUUAAAAUGGGUCAAAAUAUCGGUGAAACAAAAUAA